AUGGGUCGUUUACGAAACCUUUCCGCGAGCUUCAAAGCUGCGGCCUUUCCAACUGCCAGCAACAAUUCCUACAGCAGGGCGACACCCGAAAGCUCUGACACGUUAGCCGGCAAGCCCGAUGGCUCAGCUGUCGUUCGAGAGACCUCUGCUACCUCGUUGCCCCAAGCCUCUGCUUCAUCGCCAGCUCUGCACAACCCAAUGGUAUACACUCCGCCUACUAUCGUCAACGACGAAAUAGAAGAGUUGAAGCCUGUGUUUAGUCAUGCGAACAAAUUGUACCAAGAGGGGUAUUUCUUGAAAUUAGACGACCUUGACACCAGUGGAAAGCCAAACCCUGUCCGCGCUUGGACUGAAUGUUUUGCUCAACUUGUGGGCACUAUUCUCUCGUUCUGGGACGCCGAAGCACUUGACGCAGCCGGCAAUGACGGAGAGGUUGCUCCCUCUUUCAUCAAUCUAGCAGAUGCAUCCAUCAAGAUGAUCGAGACUCUACCGACACGAAACCAGGAAGUGCAGCCUCUGCAGAAUGUGCUCUCCGUAUCUACUGCAGGCAAGAACCGAUACCUCCUACAUUUCAAUUCCCUUCAUUCUUUGACCCAAUGGACUGCUGGCAUUCGACUGGCCAUGUUUGAGAACGCAUCCCUACACGAACUCUACACUGGAUCGCUGAUAGCUGGGAAAGGAAGACACUUGAACAGUAUCAAUCAAAUCAUGACCAAGAACAGAUUUCGAAUUGAGGAUUGGGCACGUGUUAGAUUUGGCGCAGGUACUCCGUGGAGGAGGUGUUGGUGCGUGAUAGAACCUCCGGACGAGAAAGAGUGGCAGAAAUCACAGAAGAAACUGGGCAAGCGUUCCGCCUACGAGAAAGUCACCUAUCCCAAAGGCGAUAUCAAAUUCUUUGAUACGAAGAAGACCAAGAAAGCGCUACCUAUCGCGACCAUUACCGACGCAUAUUCGGCAUAUGCCAUAUAUCCGCAGUCAAAGCCUCUGAUCAACGAAUCGACACUAAUCAAGCUGGAAGGAAGGAUCACUAUUCACUCGCAACCAGAAUCGAAGACAGAAGGAUUCGUGUUUGUGAUGCCAGAAGUCCAUCCGGCUGUGUCAGGAUUCGAGAUGAUGCUGAGAUGGUUGAUGCCCGUAUAUGACACUUUCUCAUUGUAUGGUCGCCCAACGAGACUCGUACCUGACACUCUCGAUCCACGAAGCCUCAUGUUCGCUAUGCCUAAGGAGCGACGGUAUGGAUAUCUUGACAUUAUCGAUGUUGCAGCAUUGAUUCAUACUGAAGACAGUGACCAGUGGACUGAACGUGAGUGGCGCAAGAAACUGAAAGAGGGAGUUGCUCGAAGGAUGUCGAUGCAAACACAAGGUCGAUCGAGCAAUAUUGAAAGGAUCAGGGACAACAGCCCACGACAAGGGAUGCGCUUUUCUGAUGCCGCUUCGGUGCAUUCGACCCAAUCACCUCACAGGCGGAACGAAUCUAGCGAUGCCAUCUUCGAGUUACCGAAAAAGACGAUGACUGCUCCUACUCAGCUUGCUCACAAUUACCAUGCUCGAUCGGCCUCUGGCAGCAUUCCGGCAUCACCCAAGAAAAUGCGAGAGUCUAUGACACGAGAAUAUACACCUUCCAGAUUAUCAGAAGAGCCAAGUAUUCCGGAUCAUGCACAAAUGCCAACCAUGCCACACAUCCGGCAGCCUCUGAAGCCCAGAGUUAAUGAAGCUGGUUAUACAGAGAGUGCGAACAGCUCCGAUAGCGAUAUGCAGAACCGGGUUUAUGCUGAAGACGUGGAACGGGAUAUGAUAAUCCAACAGAAACCUGUUCAACCCGUUGUGGCACCACCGGAAAUGCAACAUCAAGCUAAUGAACAACCAAGACGGAGACCAGCAGACAGACCAGAGCUGAGAAGAGAAAAAAGCCGCAUGUCAGAUGCGACAUUGUCUCAGAUGAACCCCAGAGUCUUGGAAGAGUUGAGAAGGGAGGGUUCGCGUUCACCAACGAAAGAGAACGGAGCAACUGCACAAUCGGCUGCCGCCCUUGCGUGGCGCGGUGGAGCGGACCAGACAAACCGUGGGGUAAAUGACGCCCCUGCAGAUCCGAGUUCAACUUUAGCUAACCCUCAUCGACCAGCAGUGGUAACAAACACUUCUUCAACAUCAAUCCAGGGCCCGACCAAGCGGAAGCCUCUACUUUCAGCUGCAGUCUUGCAAGACAGCUCGAGACCUCCCAUCGAUCGAAACUACUCGGAAACUUCGAACUAUUCCAUGCAAAACCAUGACCGGGAUUCUUCGCCUGACUAUGCAAGUCAUGCUUCUCAAGAUCCACCGGCAGAGCGAGAGAAAGUAAGAGGUGGUACGAGGAAAGUCGUUGGCAGUCCAGAUAACCAAGUUGUCGCUCAGAAGGACAACCUACACAUCGACUUUGGCCAGACUUUACGCUUAACACCUGACGACAGCCGACCUAAUAGUCGUCCUACCACAGCGACAGGUCGACGAUCGCCUUUUGACUCGUUAGGCAGACCGGACACUGCUAGCGGACGUCGAUCGCCCUUUGAUUCACUGGGCCAACCAUCUCCCGGCCGUCAGUCGCCUUUCGAUGCCUUCGGAUCGUCAUCGCCCUCGCGAACACCCGAAAAGCAGUCAUCCACCGAGCGGUUGCCUCACUCUAGGUCACAAAGUUAUGCCUGGCGGCCAAGGGUACAGGCUGAGAAUACAAGUCCAGGCGGCAUGUCUGCAGAAGAGUUUGUACAACAAAGAGCUUCAAUGGCUAUGCAGCCGCAGGGCUAUGUAGCACACAGAACUUUGUCAUCUGGUCGUAUUGACCAGGUCAAGACUGACCAGAAAGCACGGCCAGAUUCGCCGACUUCACCACGAAAGUUGCAGAAGCGCGCACUUUCGUCACGACAGUCAUCUAGAGGCUCUAUGGACUAUUCCGCUCACCUUUCCGCGCGCGAGCAGGAGCAUGUUGCUAAGAUGACUGGUGGUCCGUUGCUCAGUAACGUCAAUCAAGCUGGAAGGACGCCAGAUCCAUCAGUUGGUCUCAUUGGUGCCAUUGAAGCACGAGACCAAGAAAAGCAGAACAUCAAAAAAGGGCUGCAGGGACAAAUGGUUCAAGCCGCUAUCGAUCAACGGUCUCGAGAGAUGAGAACCUCUCAGUCGCAGCAAGCACCUUUGCACGGAGGUCCAUAUCAGUACCCGAGACCCCAACAACUACUGUAUCAGAAUAGCUACCAGAACCAAUUGGUCCCCGAUCGUCCUAUGGCAUCAGACUUUCCAGCUCAUCGAAUGACACCGAGCCACCAAGCCUACUGGUCUAACAUGCAACAACCAACGCAAGAUCAUCGACAGUCAAUGUAUGUUGAACAGAAGCCAAUGUAUCAGAGGACUGAGUCAAUGCAACAAGCUGGAUAUCCAGCUUAUCCAGUCCAGCCACGUCCACAAAGCACUUAUAGCCAAUAUGGUGGCUUUUAUGCUCCUCAACCACAAGGGAAACAAAACUAA